CAAGCUUCUAACUCUUGGCUUAUUUUGCUACCUUCGUGUAAAUGAUAUCCUAUCAGCAGAUAAAGAGCUAUCACAUUAAACCUCAUUGCUGUUAUUUUUUUUAUUUUUACAACUGAGAAAGAGCUGAAGUUCUCUGUUCAGAAAAUUAUUGGAUACUCAACAGGUGGGGAAGAUAUAUUGAAAAAAAUGUGUCUGAGGUUUGCAAUCCUACCGGUUAUAAUUAGCUCAAGAGUCAUGAUUGUGUGUGAGCUUAUAGACAUGAGCUCAGUAAGGCUUCCACAUUAACACGUGUAAACGGCAUUGGGUUGUUUUUCGGCCGUAAACAUUUACGAAUUCACUGACCGUUUAACCAAAACUGUCAUGUUAUAGCUAGCUCAAGAGACAUGAUUGUGUUUGAGCUUAUAGACAUGAGCUCAGUAAGGCUCCCACAUUUACAUGUAUAAACAGCAUCAUGUCGUUUUUUGGCCUUAAACAUUUAUGAAUUCAAAGACCGUUUAACCGAAACUGUCAUGUUAUAGCUAGCUCAAGAGACAUGAUUGUGUUUGAGCUUAUAGACAUGAGCUCAGUAAGGCUCCCACAUUUACAUGUAUAAACAGCAUCACGUCGUUUUUUGGCCUUAAACAUUUAUGAAUUCAAAGACCGUUUAACCGAAACUGUCAGGUGAUUUUAAAGAAUGUGAAAAUAUUUGUACUUUUCUUCCGUUUCGUGUGUAGUUGGCGAUGGUGGAUUCAUCAGGCAAAUGGUUUGAAGUGUGGCAACAUGUUUUUCAAUAUGAAAAAGAUGGUCGAAUGAAGUGCAACUCCUGUGGAACGGAUUUGUUGUAUGUGGGGCGAAAUACAGGGACAACCACAAAUCAUUUGAAGCACAUCCACAAAUCUGUCAAACGAGAACCGUUAUCUUUUUUUAUAUAAAAAAUCAAUCAGUCACUCAUAAUUCCAUCCUAUCACAUGCUGAUUUACGCUAAUAUGCUUUGUUCCUGAAGUUGAAUAGUAAACUUGAAUUUCUAUUAAAUAUUUUUACUAUUGUUUACCAUUAAUCUUCUUGGCCCCCUAAUAAAAAAGAAAAUCAUGAUGUCACAAUAUGUGUGUAUUCAGUGUAAAUAUGAAUGAAGGAAAUUAAGAAAAAAAUAUUGGAUUAAUUUGCACAAAGAUUUAUGACAGGUGAACAGAAAGUUAGAUUUGGAUACUAUCUAUUAAUACAUGCAGACAGACGUUUAUUCAUCUGUACAACUUGUACAAUGAAUCAAUAAAUCAGUGGCUCAAGUGAAUCUACAGUUAUGGAUCAUCAGUAGACCCUUCAGUGUGAUAAUUGGAGCAUAUCGUCAGUGAUUUGGCAAUUGGUUUGGCACUUCUUGAGUCUAACUGUGUACCAUGGAGGGAAAAGAGAAAACUAUGCAGGAAGUGAAUGUUAGGGUUGCAGUUAGGGUGCGACCAUUACUGCCUAAAGAGAAAGUGAGUGGGGAUGAGAUGUGUGUGAAAAUCAUUCCAACAUCAAAACAGCUCAUACUUGGCAAGGACAGGGCUUUCACAUUUGAUGAGGUCUUGUCCCCUAAAACAACACAGGAUGAGCUUUACAGUAUAUGUGUUGAAGGCCUUGUGAAGUCCAUCUUUGAGGGAUACAAUGCCACUGUUUUUGCAUAUGGACAAACGGGCUCAGGAAAGACAUACACCAUAGGAGGGGGGAAUGUGUCUCCAGUGACGGAGGAUGAGGAUGGGAUCAUACCUAGAGCUGUCAGGCAGAUGUUUGAUCUCAUGAGUAUUGAUAAGAGCGUGUCAUACAGUGUGAAGGUCUCUUACAUUGAGAUUUACAAGGAAGAGUUACAGGACCUGCUAGAAAUGAACAGUGGAGAUAAGCCUGACCUCCAUGUGAGGGAGGAUGACAAGGGAAAUACUGUGAUUAUCGGAGCGCGGGAGGUUGAUUGUGAAUGCCUGGAUGAUGUUAUGGGACUGCUGGAGUCUGGGUCUGCGGCUCGACACACUGGGUCUACUAACAUGAACGAAAAAUCCAGUCGCUCACACUCCAUAUGUACCAUCACUAUAGGCCAGACAUGGACAGAGAAUGAUGUGUUGGCAUCUCAACGGAAGCCCGCAGUGGACGAGGAUGCAGAAAACGAUGACAUGACCCACAACAUGUUUGGCAAGUUUCACUUUGUUGACCUAGCUGGUUCAGAGAGGGCACAUAAGACUGGCAAUGUGGGGGACAGGUUUAAAGAGUCAGUGCACAUCAACUCUGGAUUGCUGGCCCUGGGCAAUGUGAUCAGCGCUCUUGGGGACCCAAAGAAAAAAUCCACACAUAUACCUUACAGGGAGUCAAAAAUCACACGACUGCUCAAAGAUUCACUUGGGGGAAAUGCGAAGACUUUGAUGAUAUGCUGCGUAAGCCCUUCAGCUGCCAACUUUGAUGAGAGCCUGAAUGCCCUCAAAUAUGCAAACAGGGCAAGAAACAUCAAGAACCUUCCAAUUGUUAACAGAGAUAUUCAGUCCAUCAGAUUUGAAGAAAUGCAAACAGAAAUUAAGGCACUGCGUGAGGAGUUGGCCCGUCAGCGUACAACAUUGGGGGGAGGAAACUCGGGCUGGGAAACAGACCCAGAGCUCGCCGCCAAGUAUGCCGGCCAGGUCAGGCAGCUGGAGGACCAGGUCAUCAGGUUACAGACCGAGGUGAACAACUAUCGGCUGAUGACAGAGGAGGCUUACCGCCAGUUCAUGCAGAUACAGAGUGGAGAAGUGCUCACCAAGAGCCAAGAUGGCCGCCUUCAGGAGUGGCUUGACCUUAUGGAAGAGAGAGUUGGGUCCGCAAGAUUGAAUGAACUAACGGAGGUGAGGAGUAAAACAUCCCACCGGGUCAGUCGGGAUGAGAUGGAGAGCCAGGCUGUCAAGGACUUACAGAAACAACUGAAAAAGGCAAAAGAAGACUUGCAGAGUGAUGAGGACAUAUUUGCGGAGAAAGCUCGGGAGGUUACUAAUUUCAAAAGGAAAAUUGAGGAAAUGGAGACAAUGUUGGAGGAGCGUGAGAAAGCGUUGUCAGAAGCAGAUGACAAACUGCAGAACCAGGAACAGACACUCAUAGAGCAAAACAUGAAGAUAGAAGAGCUCCAGAAAGCUCUUAAGGACGCACCAGCAGUGACCACACGGACCGUGGAUACCCAGUUUACACAGGUGACGUUGAUUGGUGAGAGCUCGAACCUUGGUGAUGGUCAGGUGACCGUCAGCGCCCCCGUCACUUCUCGACUCAACCGACCCAAGUCUGUACCCAUACACCUACACAAACACUCAGAGAUGAGGUACUCCCAGCUGCGUCCUCCCUCUCGGAACAUUAAGACAAGCCCGGCCCUGUUCACGCUAGAGCGGGUGAUGAAGAGUUUCCGGGCACGCAGCCAGCUGCUUGUGUCAAGACUGGAGGAUGGGGAUGAAGUUCUGCACCUGGAAUUCAGUGAUGGGGACACAGCCGGGGACCAGGCAGUUCAUGUGGACAGUGAUGGGGAUGAGGUAAACAGACCGAAAGUGAAGCAUGAGGGUACAUUUGUAAGGAAGGGUACGUUCCGGGUGAAAAAGAGGAAUGUUGAGAACAAGGAGAACACAGUGCCCGCCAUCACUGUUGAAGGAGAAGAUGGUGUGGAGAGCCAACGUUUGAGUAUACACUCGGGCCAGGAGGUUGGGAGAAGCCAGGAGGUUCAGAGGCAGAUCAAGCAAGCCCAACUCAAGAUGCUGGAGUCCAACAAGAAAAUACGUGACCUUGGCAUUAAUAUCAGAAUGAAGGAACAGUUAAUUAAAGAGCUAGUGAAAACUGGGAAGAAUGCCGAGCUGAUCAACAAACAGUACGCUGAGAAAAUACAGGCCCUAGAAAAGGAGAGAGAGGGGGUAAAAAUAGAACUUGCAGAAACCCACAAAAUGUUGACCGGCAUCGAGGCCAAGGAACACCAGGAGACUGUUGAGAAGGAAAAACUACUUGUUGAGUACAAAAAGAAAGUAGAGACAGCAAAGGCCAGGAUGGUGUCACUGCAAAGGAAACAAAAAGAAACUGAGAAAAUAGCUAAUAUGUCUACACAGAAUGACAAAAAGAUCAAUGACCUGGAGCUGGCAAUAGAGCGUAUGAAGCAGCAACAAGAGAACCUUCAGAAGAGACUCAAGGAUGAAUCUGACCGCAAGGUGAAACUGGAGCGUGAGAUGCAGAAGGAAUUAGCGCGAGUCAGUGAGCUGGAGAUCAAGAAUGAGAAGCAACAGAAACUUCUCCACCGAAAGAAUGAGGAGAUUGCCUCCGCCAAACGACGACUCCGCAAUGGUAGUGCUGGUACACUGCCUCCCAUACAAGGAGAGGAGCAGGAGAUAGAUGAGAAGAAGCGUUGGUUGGACACAGAGAUUGAGAAAAUGCUCCGACAACGACAGGAGGUAGAGACCCUUCAGGAGCAAUUGAAAAAGCGAGAAGAUAUGAUUGCCAGGAAAGAGGCUCUUAUAGCAGAGCGGAGUGAACUUGAAAUGAAGAAACUGCGGUCUAGUCAGGUGGUGAACAAGAGCCUGUUAUCAGUGUCUUCCAAGCUAAACCUGGUGGAACAAAGGCUAGAGGAGAAAUCCCGGGAGCUUGUGUCAACGCCAGACAGCGGGAUGGUGAGGGAAGAUGUGGUGAAACUGCGCUCUACACGAGACAAACUGAACAGGCAAAGGGCAUUACUGGAUGAGAAACUGCAUGGUGGGAGUCUACUGUCAACGUCUGAGGAAAGGAGGGUUUUGGAGUUGGACGAGGGAAUUGAGGCUCUGGAUGCGGCCAUUGAGUAUCGGUCGGACAACAUUCGGUCACGGCAGCUGGAGGUCAGGCACUCCAUGGCACUUGCCCAGAGUGAGGACAACUUUGUGAACCGUUUGAACUCUUUGUCAGCAGAUGAUCUCAAGUCUCUUUUGUCAAAGUACUUCGAAAAGGUUAUCAACCUGCGAGAACAGGAACGAAAAACCUCACUGCAGUCUUCAGAGAUGGAGGUUAAACUUGAUGAGCAAACAAGAAUAAUUCGGGACCUAGAAGGAGCUCUCCAGAGAUCAGCAAUGGAGGUUGAUCGGCGGAUAACCUCCCAGCAGCGAGAGUACGAGCAAAAAAUCCAGCUGCUCAUGCACCAGCUCAUGGAGAAUGGUAACCAGGGCAACAACAGGGUUAUAAAUGGGCACGACCCAGCACAGGAACAGAAGAUGUCCCAGCUUGAGAAGGACUUAUAUUAUUACAAGAAAACUAGUCGGGAACUGAAGAAGAGGCUGAGGGAAUACGUCACCAGUGGUACUAUACCUGCUCAAGAGAUGGACCUGCGAGCCUCAGUACAGAGCAGUGCUGGGGACAUGGGGGACAGCCAUUCUAACUUCAGAGACUCCCACUCAGCAAGGUCUAGAGAUACCAAGAUUUCCCAUGAUAGACUGCAGGCUGGUGACCGACUGCGAGAGGAUGGAGUUCGACCAGGCUCGGGAAAACCCAGCCACCACCUCCCUUCCAACGUGACCCCCGUGAAGAUCUCCCGCAAGGAUCUCCGACUCAUGUCUGAGGAGGAAAUCAAACUGCGGAGGUCGCACCUGAAGGAAAGCCAGACAGAGGCACAGUCGCCACAUGAUUCCCUAGACACUGGAGGCAAGAACCCCUGGUGAUGAGCCAAGUCGGGGAACAGCGACCAGUACAGAGCUUUCAGUGAAAGGGAACAGUGUUUUCCGUGUAUCAUGUGUUGAAAAUAUGACAUUAGUGCAGCUAGGGUAUUAGUGAUGUAAAACAUAUUUAUAGACAUGGUUAUUUCGGUUUUAUGUAUUGCAUUUGCUAAAGAUAAAGGCAUAUUUGAAAUUGAUUUAAAUGUAUGUUAUCAUGAUGUUGUGAUAAAUCAUAGUUGUUAUACAUGCAUAAUUUAUUAAAUCAUCAACUCAUACUGUAUAUGGAAGAUAUACGAAUAUCAAAGCUUACACAAUACCAGGUAUUGAUUGAUAAUCAAAGUUAAUAUGUAUCAUUUUUCACUGCCACUGAAUGUAGGGAUAUAGGAUAUUUUCACAGACCAAGAAAGUCUUUUCAACCCCAGCUAAAACAUUACUGUUACACACGCACAUUGAAGGAGGAACAAAUACCUGUCAUUGUUUUUUUAUCUGCCAAGUACUUUUAAGCUUCAUUAAGCUGUGAAUCAGCACUCAUCAUUUACAUAUUAUGCAAAGUGCUUUGUGAUCAGACUACAGCAAGGUUUCAAUACCAAAUUGUUUACAAAAUAGUGCUGAGCUUCUUUAUUUUGGGGUGUUCUUGGAAUUCACAAACUGCCAUUUGAAUUGUGGGCAUUGAUUACAUUUAUGAUAAACAACUUGCCACACUUUGCAAUGUCGCUUUGAACAUUGAAGUUAAAGAUUACAGAAAUACUCCCUAUACUCUGGAAGCAAGCGGGCUUUUUGGUUCUGAAAACUUUACUCUAGUAACAAUUAAAGUAAUAAUUAUACACAGAUUUUUAAACGGUACUUUGGAUAGAUUCACUUAUCAAGAGGCCUGAUUCAUAAAAUAUCUUAGCCAUAGAGUGUGAAUAUAGAACUAUGUUAUCUCUGGUAUAAAUAUUGAAAACAAUGUCAAGGAAAUGAAAAGAAUCAACUUGCCUGCGCCUAUGACACCCUCACAGAUUUGAGACCUUGAAGGCUAUGUUUAAGAUACUUUAGUGAAACAGGCAUCAGGUACUUGUGAACAGCUAUAUCUAACAAUGUGUAUUUCGCCUAACUUAAAACAUUCCAAAAUUUACAGGGUGUUUAGAGCUUUUCUUAGUUUGGUAGCGGUGCCGUCCCUUAUGUUGUCUGUGAUAAUGACAAGCAAACUGCCUCCUCGAAAUGUAUUACAAUAUAUAGUGUAGCCAUCAUAAUGUUCGUAUGAUCCUUGAAAACCAUUGAGUGUUCAUUCAUGUCUCGUCUCCACAAGAGGUAACGCCUGUGAGAGGUGUGCGCUAUUUGUGUACUAUUUGUAUCAUGCACAUCAAUGUAUUGUUGUGCUGUUCAUUACUAUGUAUACCAGAUGGAGAGUAGAUCUUGGACACCUUUUGAAUAUUUAUUAAAACACCGUUCUGAUCUGUUGAGAUAUCGCAUAAAACAAUUCUGACAGUAAACUACAGCUCUUUGUAGGUUGGAAGCAUACAAAGUUAGCAAAAUAUUAAGUUUAAAUAAAUUUUAUUUUUUCUAUUGUACUGAAAUAGGUGUACAAAUGGAGUUAAAUUCAAGUUUGACAUUAGUAGUUCUCGGAUGUUUUCUGAAAAUGGAAUCUUUCUUUUUCUCAACUUUUUUUUCAAUUUUCUGUUGUUUUUUUUUUUUUUUAAUUUCAAACAAGUAAUUGCAUUUGAAGCUUUUCAUAGCCAAAUAAAUAGUUCAGCAGAACAUAUGGGUUAUGGUCCUGACUUGACAUUCUGUGGCAUCUGACUUGUUUGUUGCGUAUACACAACAAUUUCUAAAAAGUAGAUAAAAGUAUAACUUUUUCUGAACAAAUAAUACAUCACUAAUUCACUAAUUUUUUACAGGCACUUGAUUUUUUUUUAAAA